CCAACAGUCAGCUCUCGAAUGAUGGGAUACUCGUCAAGGUGGGACCAAACUUUGAAACCACCUCCUCCCCACGUCGAACGGAGAGAGGAUUCAGCAUUGUCGGAAUAUCAUAAAUUGCACACCUCUUCCCGCUCAAAUGUCCUGCGCGACGAAGUGGAACCUGCCCAAGUAACGCAUCACCGUCGUUCUUACGAGCAAACAACGGAUUUGGAACGAAGUCGCACCUAUGACAAUCACUCUGCGGGAACGGCAACGUUCGAGAGAGCAGAUGAUGGCAACUCUAGCGCGCGAUCCGUCCAUCGCUCUCGACAUAGAGAUGAUAAACAUUCACGUCAACGAAGUGCAAGCCCGCAGCGCUCUCGCCACCACGCUCGGUCUUCAGGCCACGGCAGAAGCAGGAGCCGAAGCUCAGAGAGCUAUCUCCCUCGGGACCACUCCAUUGUGCUGUCACGCAACCCAACAACCUAUCCGACUCAUCUAGGAUCGUGACUCAUACCGGGAUAAACGCGACCACGACCGUUCUAAACGCAGAGACCACAAGCGCAGAGACAAGGAUGAAGAUGGUUCCGACGAGGAUCGCAAGCGUCGUAAACGGAGGAAGGAGCGGGAACGAGCUAAGGAUGGCGACAAAGAAGAGAGAAGGAGCGCUCUGACUGGCAAGAAGAUCAAGCUCAAAGUGAAGAAGGAAAAGGUGACGACGAACGCGAUGCAAACCGCAAGGACUUGCUCAACUUCCUUAAUGCUAUGUAGCUUGCUCUCGUUAUAAGUAAUACUGGGAAUAUCUAUGCUGACAGGAUUCCCACUCCUUAUGACGAAACUACUCUGAGGCGCGAUCAAGGAAGUGA